AUGAAUACUUUCGAGCCUCCGGCGAUUCGUACUCGGGACGCCAUCGAAGACAUCUGGGGACCUCGGACGCCGUUCAAGGACGAAUGGCCGACGAGGGUGGAUUCCGCCUGCGAUGAGGAGCCGGAGACAUGGGUUCAAAGCGCGUGCAUCUUGUGCAGCAACGGAUGUGGGCUCGACAUUGGCGUCAAGGACGGAAAGGUGGUCGGAGUACGGGGCAGGGCAACCGACCGCGUCAAUAAGGGCCGUCUUGGCCCAAAGGGCCUGACAGGGUGGAAGGCCAUGCACAGCGAGGACCGCAUAACAUAUCCCAUGGUGCGCAAGAACGGCCGUCUGGAGCGCGUUUCAUGGGACGAGGCCAUGGACCUCAUCGUUGCCAAGUCCAAGGAGCUGCAGAAACACCUCACCAAUCACAGCAUCGCCUUCUACACCAGUGGUCAGCUCUUUCUGGAAGAAUACUAUGCCCUGGCCAUGGUGGGAAAGGCGGGGCUUCACACGCUCCACAUGGAUGGAAACACACGACUCUGUACCGCUACUGCGGCCGCGGCGAUGCGGGAGUCGUUCGGCUGUGAUGGUCAACCGGGCUCCUAUAGCGACAUCGAUUACACCGACUGCCUGUUCAUGGUAGGGCACAACGUGGCAGCCACGCAAACUGUGCUGUGGGCGAGAAUCCUGGACCGCCUCGAGGGACCACUUCCGCCCAAGCUCAUCGUCGUGGACCCGAGACUGUCCGAGACGGCUCGCAAGGCAACUGUGCACCUGGCUCCGCGGGCGGGCACCAACUUGGCCCUGCUGAAUGGCAUCCAGCACCUCAUGUUCAAGAACAGAUGGAUCAACGAGGACUAUGUAUCAGCUCAUGUUUUCGGUCGGGACGACCUGGAAAAGGUGGUAGCCAAGUAUGACCCCGAGACGGUCGAACGCAUCACGGGGGUUCCGGCCAUGCAGCUGGAAGAGGCAGCUCGGAUCAUUGGCACGUCCAAGAGCCUGGUCUCGACCGCCCUGCAGGGUGUGUACCAGUCAAACCAAGCGUGCGCCAGCGCGUGCCAGAUCAACAACAUCAACCUCUUGCGCGGAAUGAUUGGCAAGCCCGGCUGCGGCGUCCUUCAGAUGAACGGUCAGCCGACGGCCCAGAACAACCGGGAAGCGGGCUGCAACGGCGAGUUUCCCGGCUUCCGCAACCACCAGAACCCGACUCACAUGCAAGAGCUGGCGACGCUGUGGAACAUCGACCCCAUCCAAGUCCCGCACUGGAACGAGCCGACCCACGUCGAGAACCAGCUCAGCUAUAUCGAGAGCGGCUCCAUCCGCAUGUUCUGGAUCAGCUGCACGAACCCCCUUGUCAGCCUACCGGACCUGCCCCGCGUGCGGAGGCUGCUGACGCAGCCCGGCUUGUUUGUUGUCUGCCAGGACAUUUACAUGACGGAAACAGCCGCCAUCGCUGAUGUCAUUCUGCCCGCCGCCCAAUGGGGAGAAAAGACGGGUACCUUCACCAACGCGGACCGCACCGUGCACAUCUCGCACAAGGCGGUGGAGCCGCCCGGCGAGUGCCGGUCUGACCUGGACAUUUUCCUCGACUACGCCAAGCGGAUGGGAUUCAAGGACAAGGACGGCAACGACCUGCUCCCCUGGAGGACGCCUGAGGAGGUGUUCGAGGCGUGGAAGAAGGUGUCGGCCGGUAGGCCGUGCGACUACAUGGGGCUGACCUACGAGCGCCUGACGGGCGGGUCAGGAAUUCAGUGGCCGUGCAACGACAAAAACCCGCACGGCACGGAGAGGUUGUAUUCUGACGGCAUCUUCCCAACCGGAAUCGAUGACUGCGAAAGCUUUGGCCACGACCCUGAGACUGGGGCGUCCUAUACAAGGUCCGAGUACCAGUCUAUGAACCCGGCCGGGCGCGCCAUCCUCAAAUCAUGCCACUACUCCCCGCCGCCAGAGGAACCAAACGAUGAGUUUCCGCUCCGGCUCUCCACGGGGCGAAAGGUACACCACUUCCAUACGAGGACCAAGACGGGGCGCACCGCGCUGCAGAAAGCGUGCCCUGAACCGGAGGUUACGGUCUCGGAAAAGGACGCCGCAAGCGUUGGGGUCUGUGACGGCGAGGUGGUGAUUGUGCGGUCUAGGCGCGGCGCGGUAGAAUUGAAGUGCCGCGUAGGCGGCAUCGCUGAGGGCCAUGUGUUCAUGCCUUUCCACUUUGGAUAUUGGGACUCUACCGACGGCCGGGCUCGAGCAGCCAACGAGCUCACCUUCACCCGGUGGGACCCCAUCUCCAAGCAGCCCUACUUCAAAUCAGGCACAGUCCGCAUCGAGAAGGUCCCAUCUUCACCAUCCUCAAGCAGUAACAACAACUCCACGCUCCCCAACAGCCCGCACAUCCGCGAGCAGCAGUCAGCCGCAGUCUGCCAAGCGGGCACUAAAUCCGCGUCCGACACCACGAGCGCCGCCGACCUAGCCGCCCACCGCGAGCGCAAGCUGGAGCUCUGGCUGGGCGAGACGUACGAGACGAUGGUCCAGCUGCAGGAGCUCUACGCCACGCUGCUCCCGUCGCUGGUGCGCAACCCGGAGGUCGAGGGCGGCCUGCGCGUGUUGCACCGCAUCGGCGAGGAAAUGCGCUCGGCGCUGCACCCGCACGUGCAGCGCUACCACGGCGGCGGGCGCAUCUCGUCGCGAGGGCGGGCGCACGUGCUGCGCGACGCGCUGUUUCCAAGGGAGGAAGCCGAGGCCGGGCCGUCGUCAGGGAGUGAGAGCCUCCGUAGCCCGGUCGAGGUGCUUGAGACGCUGCAGGCGCUGCAGGUGUAUCUGAGCCAUCUGCUUGCGUCGCUGACGGCGCUGCAGCCCGCGGCGCAGGCUCUUUGGGACGAGGAGUUUGUCGAGGCUGUGGGCAAGGGGCUCAAGGCGGUGGGACGCAUGCAGAGCUGGGUCGGGCAGCAGAUCAACGUGCGCAGUUCGCAGACACUGUUGGUGCCAGUUACGACGGAGUGA